CAGCUACCACAGGGAAACGCCCAGAAAUGAACCUCCCGGUCACGGAGAGGAAACGAAACCUUAUUUCUAAACCUUCAGACACAACAACAUGACGGCCAAAGAGUUUCUGGAGAUUGAGCUGCGGCUGAACGCGGAGCUCGACCAGUUGGGGUUCGGCCCCCCGGUACGGUACGUGUACCGCCCGCUGCAGUACGCCUGGGAGCCGCACCAAGCCUUCGUCCAGAAGUUCUGUCGGGGGGGCCAGAGUGUCCUGUUCCUGGGGAUGAACCCCGGACCUUUCGGCAUGACGCAGACGGGGGUCCCGUUCGGGGAGGUCAACGUGGUGCGCGACUGGUUCGGGAUCACUGGCAAGGUGGGGCGUCCCGCGGAGGAGCACCCCAAGAAACCCGUCAGAGGGUUCGCCAUCACCAGGAGCGAAGUGAGCGGAGCCCGCUUCUGGGGCCUCUUCCGGCAGCUCUGCCGGGAGCCGGAGCGGUUCUUCCGCCACUGCUAUGUGCACAACCUGUGCCCGCUAUCGUUCAUGGCUGAGAGCGGCAAGAACGUCACGCCCCCGGAGCUGGCGGUGGAGGAGCGCAACGCCCUGCUGGCGCUGUGUGACGCGGCGCUGUGCCAGAUUGUCCGGGUGCUGGGGGUCACCACGGUGAUCGGCGUCGGACACUUGGCGGAGAAACGGGCGAGGAAAGCUCUGGCGGCCGCCGGUAUGGGCGACGUGAGGGUGGGGUGGCUCAUGCAUCCCUCCCCCAGGAACCCUAAAGCCAAUAAGGGCUGGGCGGAGGUUGCUAAGGUUACGCUGGAGGAACUCGGUGUCCUCUCUCACUUUAAGGAACAGUGACUGUCUGAGUGUACCUGCUGUCUCAUCAUUGAGGAUGUUUGACUCACUGCACUGGGGCCAGUGAGCUGUUUUAUUCCGCUCUUCUGGAGAUUAUUAUUUUUUAACUUAUUCUAUCUUUAUUUCUGACAUUAAUAGUUAAUAUAUAGAAGUGGAGCAUUUUCAGAUAUUUAUUUAGGAUCGCAUCUGCACUGUAAAUCUUAUGCUCAGGUAGCAUAAACCUGCAGGGUUUUCCUUUGCAUUUAUUACGUUUUUCUUCAGGGAAAGUAUUCGAAUCCAAAGGAAUAGCUUUAAAGAGACUUUAUUUGCAUACGUAACACAUUCAAAGGGAUUUUAAAGUCAUUGAAAGACCAAUUUCUUAAAUUCAUGGGUAUAGGAACACUAAUCUUCCAAAGAGCUGUAUUCUUUGCAAUAUGUGCAUCAUUUCCAUGCCCUACCUUUUUAUGUUUUAUUUAUUUUAGGCGAAAAGAAACUGUGAUUAUUUACUGGGUUCAAUGCCCAGUAUCCAUCAGUAGGCAUCAUGAGAAGCACCUAACAUAGUUUCUGCUGUUGUGUCUUUCCAAGAGGCUAGCUAGUCUUUAUCAGAAAAUCCACGAUUUCCAGCUGUGUUAUAACAUGGCCAGGUAAUAAUAAUAAUGAUUAUAUAAUUUAGUGCUCCCGAAAUAAUGGUCUGUUUCUAAUAUUAUUAAUCUAGCACAUGUUGUACCAAUGUGUUCUAGUCACUGUGUAAAUAAAAAAAACGGGAAAAUAUGGUCAUUUUUGAGGGAAACUUGCACAAAGGAAAUUUAAUAUACCUCAAAUUUGUGAUUACAAUUCACAUCCAUUUGAUUAUUCCUUCAUCCAAACAGUCCUUUGUCCUUUCACCACUUUAGUGGUUCAGUACCACAUUUUUUAGAUGACACUCCCAGCUAUUGGCUUAGACAUACAACAGAAUAGUAACUAAGAAAAUAAAGGUCGGACAGGACAAAAUAAAAAUCAUGGAUAAUAUGAUACUACUACAUUUACAAAAGUGUUAUCUAUAACUCUGAUAAAAAGGUUAAGUUAUAAACAAUUUAUUUCUUCUUUAAGAGCGAGGGACUUUUCCUCUUGGAUGAAAUACUAAUUGGUAUUAUGAGUUUAACUGAGGUUAAACGGUUACAAAAGGUCUGUGCUUUUCUGACAAUA